AAUUCCCUGCCAAAACUAUCAGUGGAUUUCUUCCUUCUUAUCUCCCAUAAUGCCUUAUUCGAUUAUUGUCAAUGCCCUCCGUGCUUGCUCUUCUUCAGACUCUUAAAACUCUUUAGUUUGUCAACUGAGCGAGUCAGAUGAGGCGCAGCCGCACUGGGGAAGUCGAGCAGGACUGGCGCAAAAGCCCUCUCGUUUUUACACUAAGCCGUGUGAUCAGCGUUUUGUAUGGUUUUAAAUGAUGGAAUAUGGAAAUUAUAACAGUUGACCACGGCUUUUUGACUGUGGAGUGUUUACGAGGCAUGGCUUUCGUUUUCACUUGUUUUUUUCUGUCCUGGUGAGUACAAGUGAACUAAUUUCCCCCGACUUUACGUAUGUUACAAUGUUGAUAGAUGUACAUUAUGCAACUUUGAUGCAGUAACAAGUUGUAUUGAGUAGAAUAAUCCGCCAGAUAAUGAAUAUGCACUUUGUCUACAGUGUGAGCAAUGUUUGGGGAAAUCAUGCGAAAUCAACAGAUACUGAGAAUAUCUAUUUGGAUAACAUCACGCGUGUAUUGGAUAGAUUACUAGAUGGAUAUGACAACAGACUGCGACCUGGAUUUGGAGGUACAGUAAUACAUAUGUAAUACUUCUAACAGGUUGUUUGAUAAUGUGUGAAAUUCAAGUCUGCUCACGUAGUUGAUAAAGUUGUACUUUCCACAGUAGUGAGGCGCCUAUGUUCCUGAUAAAGCAUAAUUAUUGGUCACUGUCCCAUCUUUGGAAGCUGCUUUUAGUGUCAUUAAUAUAACUGUCGAAUUUGUGACCUCGAGUGACCAGGCAAUUAAUUUACCCACUGACCACAGGGUCUCUUUCUCACAAAUUGCCAAAUUCCAAUCCUACUAAGGGAUGUUAUUGUGCUGACUUGUGAUAGCCAACAACUACAGGUCAAGUAACUGUAAACUAGAAAAGUGAAAUAAUUAACGUUUUUAUCCUGUCAAUAUCUCACAUGCUUCCAUUUGUUUUUAGAGUGAAAAGUUGUGUUUAUUUAUGUCUUAUGUCAAAACAACAUUUAUCUUUGUAGGUCCAGUUACUGAGGUCAAAACAGACAUCUUUGUCACAAGCUUUGGUCCAGUGUCAGAUGUUGAGAUGGUAUGUGGCUGCAUUACUACUUUAUCCAGUCCACUUGUAUAACACAAAACUCCAGAGUGUUGGCAUUUAUUUAUAUUUCAAUAACACAUACUUGUGUUAGUGCAGACGGGACAGUAUAAUUGCUUGGUGCUCCCAGUCCUAGCAUGUCCGUCCACAGCCUCAAGUCAUAUUCCUACCAGCCUCCAUUAUUCUGAGCAGGAUGUCAUUAGUGCAGCUUAGGGAUUUUAAUCUGGUUGACAAUCCCUGUCAGUGAGGGUCCCGAGCCGGCUGAGCGUUUGAUUUCCAUUACACACUAUAUUAUAUUUCACUUCUGGUACCAUAUGACCCACUAGUAGCCAUCCCAUAGGCAGUAUAGAUAAGACCAGAGCUGUAAAGACAUCCAUUUGAUCUAUAAAUAUUCCUGGAUUGAAAAAGCCAUUAUACAUUGAGUAGAGUUUUAUUUCAGUAUACAUGGCAGCUAGAAGCUGAAUUGCGUAUACAUCAAGAAAUUCAAGAAAACAAAGUAAAUCAAUACUGUUUGGUUACCAUGUGGAUCAUUCUUGGAACCUGUAAUGAAAUACAGUCCGUUUUUCUUUGUGGAGAAGUUGAGAAAUAUGGACCUGCACAGUACUUCAAUAGAUCAAAAACAACAAGUAGGGGAUACUCUAAAAUAUUGAUAAAUAUAAUAAUUGUACUUAUUAUUGACAUUUCAUUAACGUAAAUGAGGUCACUGAUAUACUGUAGGCUAUGUACUGUACUGUACAGCAAUGCCAUCGUUAGCAUAGGAAUUGAUUGCUGAUUUGAUUUCCAAACUGCGAUGUUGUAGGAGUACACAAUGGAUGUAUUUUUCCGUCAAACGUGGAUUGACGAGAGGUUGAAAUUCGAGGGCCCCAUUGAGAUUCUGCGGCUCAACAACCUCAUGGUCAGCAAGAUCUGGACACCAGACACAUUCUUCCGGAAUGGCAAGAGGUCCAUCUCUCACAACAUGACCACUCCCAACAAGCUGUUCCGCAUCAUGCAGAACGGAACUAUCCUAUACACUAUGAGGUACUACUGGUUCACACAGCUAUCCAGGUCCAAAACAGACCUGUUUAGGACAGUAGUCUGUGUUCUACUGGACAUCUAGCUGACUAUCAUACAAACACAAUCAUGGCUAUGGUUUAGCGCCUGGUGUUCUCCAACCCAGUUCCUGGAGAGCUACCGUCCUGUAGGUUUUUGCUCCAACCCUAAUCUAGCGCACCUGAUUCUAAUAAUUAGCAGAUUGAUAAGCUGAAUCAGGUUAGUUACAACUGGUGUUGGAGCGAAAGCUACAGGACGGAGCUCUCCAGGAACAGGGUUGGAGAGCCCUGGUUUAGUUAUUUGUGCGAUACACAUCAACUUACCCAGGCGUGUCUCUAUCAGUAUUGCUUUGUUUUCAAAAGAUGGUACGGCCUAGUACGCAGACGUGAUCAGUUGUAGAUGAUCAUAGGUGACCAUUACUGCUGUACAUAAGGUGUGCCCAAUACUUAUUGCCAUUCCAUUGCAGAUUGACUAUAAAUGCAGAGUGUCCCAUGCGACUGAUGAACUUCCCGAUGGACGGCCAUGCCUGUCCUCUCAAGUUUGGUAGCUGUAAGUUGUCUUUCAUAAACCUCAGUCAGACAGAUGGUUCCACCAGGCUAGCUGGUGAUUACAGAUUGACUAUAUGAUCUUUAUUUUUGCUGUCCAGAUGCCUACCCCAUGAGUGAAAUUGUGUACACAUGGAAAAAAGGACCACUGUUCUCUGUGGAAGUACCAGAGGAGUCCUCCAGCUUGCUACAGUACGAUCUAAUAGGACAGACAGUAUCCAGUGAGAGGUUAAAAUCCAACACAGGUAAGAAUAUAUUUAUUCACUUAACGCUUUAGUAAGCUUAAAGAAAUAAGCCUAAAAAAACAACCAUGUAACAGUAUGCAUACCGAAUGCAUAUGGCUUUGAAUGAGGAUUUCAAACUAAAUCUUUUUUUUCCUAAAUUGAAUUUUCAUUUGAAUCUGUGCUUGUUUGGUACACAUUCAAACUGCAGCCUUUGACAUGUGCUAGAGUAUGCAUGUACUGCAUCUGUUUUCUGUAGCACAAAUCAGUUUUGUGCUCUGUGAAAUGCUGAUUUGCCAAUGUGUCUGUUAGAAACUCUCUGUGCCCACCGACAGAAUUCCAUUUGUUUUCUGACAGGUGAAUAUGUAGUCAUGACUGUUCACUUCCACCUGCAAAGGAAGAUGGGCUUCUUCUUGAUUCAGACAUACAUCCCCUGUAUCAUGACCGUGAUCCUGGCUCAGGUCUCUUUUUGGAUCAAUAAGGAAUCGGUUCCUGCUCGAACUGUAUUCGGUAGGCCUCCUCCUGAUCUCCACCAUUACUCCCUCCAUUUCUCCAUUGUCUUGUCCACCAUGCUUACAUGUUACCAAGGUAACCCCUACAAGUCCCAUUAUAAGUUGGAGUUCCCUUGGAGUGAUAUUUACAUUUACAUUGUACAUUUUAGUCAUUUAGCCGACUUACAAUUAGUGCAUUAAUCUUAAGAUAGCUAGCUGGGGGGGGGGGGGGGGGGGGGGGGGGGUCAAGUGUGAGUGUUAGUUCACGAAAAGCAUUAAAAAAAUAAAUUCGAGCCUCUUUAAGGUAACAAAACAACUUCACAUUAUAUAUUCUGUAUCCUUUUAUGUAAAUUGGCUGAUAAUGUUGUAAUUCGUUAUUGUAAUGUGUUUUCUUGGCAGAACAUGGUAAUGGUUUGCAUUAUGUAGAGUGGUACUAGAGAACAUAGGUAGCACAGUCACAUGGUAUCUCUUAUAUCUUCUACCUCUUAUGUCGAUUCCCUCCAAAGUGGAGCUGAAUUAAUAGUAAAAACUCCUCUUCUGAAAUCGGUCAUACGAGGCAGGGGAGCGGGGUGAUGUUGUUUACUUGGACUUGUUCCAAGGACUUGCAGGUUCCGGUUGUUCCCAUGACAUCAUGCUACACUUGCUUCAGCCACUAGCCUCGGGAGCAGGGAGCUCUUCAGUUUCAUUUGCCAUCCUUUUGAUUUUAAAUUUAAAUUUCCUCAGCUACAUUUCCGUGCGCAGGAGUAGCGGCUGCUGGCCUUUGUAGAUUAUGGUUCUGUUUGGAAACCUGUCAGCAUUUUGACAAGCCCACACUUAGGAAAAAGAUACCAAUCAUUAGUACGUGUUCAAGUUGGGCCCAAUGUGAAACGCACAUAUGCAGAACGUCAUUAACCUCCCACAUCCUGCUGCUUUCAUUUGGCAAGGUAGCAGGAGUAAAACACUGUGGAGAUAUUCGAGUGUUUUGGAGUGAACAUGGUGUGUCCUUUAGGAGGCUAUUGCAUUGAACAUGUUGGAUUUUCCCCAAACCCAUGAAUGACAGGCUUUAUCUUCACAGUUUACACUGUUUGUUUUUUUUUGCCUUAAGAAAUUCUAUGAUUAAGAGAUUGUAAAUUGCGUCUGUAAAUCCAAUGUAAUUUAAUGCUUUGCUGGUGACACAACCACAGAACAACAGUAAUAUGGGGCACAGCGAGAAGCCAGUAGCUAAAUAAGUUGUGGUAAUGCACUGACGGGUGCAGACAGAGAAAGAGAGAGACAGAGAGCUAUGUAAAAGCACUCCAUCAGGGUUAAAGCACAUUAGGCAUUGUUGUUGUGUGCUGCUUUGCAGGCUGGCUCUCUAAGAGCUGAAAGUCCCCAGAGCUGAAGUCUCACAGACUUAAUUGAGUGGGCCUAAUUUGUACCUUGCUUUUUGCCUUUAAAAGCACACAGAUGCCUCAAGCUCUUCGUUUCUUUCUCCUGUCUUUCUCCUUCAUUUCCUCCUCCUCCUCCUCCUCCUCCUCCCUCUCUCUCUCUUUCUCUCACCUCCUCUGCUUUUUUUUCCUGACAUGAUUUCUCCCAUACCCUUCCCAGUGUGUGAUCAUUUAACAAGCGUUUGAGUUUGACAAUUGUUGGGGUUUUAUGGAGAGUUGGUACUGUAGCUAGCUUUAUGGAGAGUUGGUACUGUAGCUAGCUUUAUGGAGAGUUGGUACUGUAGCUAGCUUUAUGGAGAGUUGGUACUGUAGCUAGCUUUAUGGAGAGUUGGUACUGUAGCUAGCUUUAUGGAGAGUUGAUACUGUAGCUAGCUUUAUGGAGAGUUGGUACUGUAGCUAGCUUUAUGGAGAGUUGGUACUGUAGCUAGCUUUAUGGAGAGUUGGUACUGUAGCUAGCUUUAUGGAGAGUUGGUACUGUAGCUAGCUUUAUGGAGAGUUGGUACUGUAGCUAGCUUUAUGGAGAGUUGAUACUGUAGCUAGCUUUAUGGAGAGUUGGUACUGUAGCUAGCUUUAUGGAGAGUUGGUACUGUAGCUAGCUUUAUGGAGAGUUGGUACUGUAGCUAGCUUUAUGGAGAGUUGGUACUGUAGCUAGCUUAUUUGUACUGCCUCGAAAACAUAACUUCCAGUGAACAACUUGAAAUAAGCAUCUCCAUUCUGGAAAAGGUUGUACAGAUUGAGGUUUGCUAUCGAUUUAUAUCAAUAUACAGGUUCAGUAGUUUAUGAAAACUUCUGCUAAUCUAUUAAUAUUUGCAGUCUCUUCCCUGUGUUAUGAUGAGAUAGAGUGGUCGUGGAAUUGUGAAUUCUUGCACGUCUGGAGAUUUUUGUCUGUGAAGUCACUUGGCAGUCCAAUGAGCCUUAUACCAGUAGAGCGUAUUUCAGAAACAUGUACGGUAUAUCAGCUGUAUAGCACAGUACAUUGCUUCAUAUAAUCAGUGAACAGGACAGCUUUUCUUUGUACUCUCUUCAUUAUCCAGGAUUGGGACUUUAUUGCCCUGUAAACUUGUUCCAUUUAAGCCUUCGUCAAAUCAUCUGUGUCCCUCCUCCUCAUCAUCAUUACUCUCCGCUCCUGCUCAUUCCAGGCCUGCUCGCGGCCUACCCAUCAUCGUCUUAGUGAGAGGAAACCACACUACCCUGGCAACUCAUUCCAACCCACAUCCCAUUGAUGUGUCCAACUCUAACCCAUGCAAGUUGUACUGCUCUGGAACCAUCAUCAUCAUCAUCAUCAUCAUCAUCAUCGGCAUCACUAAAAACAGGCCAUCCCAUGAACAGUAAACAAUGUGGAUGGUAUGACAAACUUAAUCUACUCCUCCAACCUUCCUCUGCUUGUAUAAGGAAGUCAGAAAUUCAAAUGGAUUUGUGUCCAGGAUGUAACAGGAAUAGUAAAAGUUGACCCAAAUGAAAAGUUGACCUCAUUUAGAUGGAUAACUUGCAAAUAAUCUAUUGAUCCUGACAGUCAGCAACCAAAAACAUGGCUUAGUUUGCUCAGCUAAAGCUUAGUAUUAGCAUAGUUGCAUGCACAAAUCAAGGCAAGUGCUAGGAUGUUUCCAAAUAGCAUGCCUAAGUGACCUGACUUUCAGUUGAUUUAGGCAUGCUGUUAGGAACAUACUGUAUUACCACAGGCCCUACUGUUACAAUAACUUUUUAACAUUUGUAGUGUAUUUGAGGUUUAAAAAGGCUUCUGACGUUUGUAAUUUCCACUUUGAAAUUUCAGACUUGAUUUUCCCUUACGAAAAAUGUGUCAAUCCCUAUAAAAAUGUCCAUUAAUUAUAAUUCACAUAAUAAUUCACAUUUCCUAUUGCGGCAGGAUUAUUUUCCUGCUGUAGCAACCUGGCUCAAAUUAAGAUCCUACAUCUGUACCACUCCUGUGGUGAGAGAGUAAACUAAGCCAUGUUUUUGGUUGCUGCCUCUCAGGAUCAAUAGAUUAUUCAAUGUGCUACUUUCAUUAGACUAUAUGAUUCACUAUUGGUAAAGUGAAUACACUUCAAAUAUGGGUGAACUAUUGAUUUUGAAUUUUUAACAUUUCACUGGCCAUUAGUUUUAAUGCUAUACAGGUAUAAUUACUUAUCAAUAAUGCCAGAACACAUUGGUUUGGUUUCUGAGAGAUAGACAUUAUAAUCAACUUGGUAUAAAAAUAAUGGUGACCCUCCAUCCAAAGGUGGGGGCAGAAGGUAGCCUAGCGAUUAGAGCGGCAUGCCAGCAACUGGAGGGUUGCCAGUUCAAAUCCCGGGUCUGAUGAAAGACAUCUGUCAAGAAGUGAGCUGGCAACCGGAGGGUUGCUGGUAUAGAAUUCUAGAUGCCAUUGCCUACUGUUGUGCCCUUGAGCAAGGCACUUAACCCCCAUCAACAACUGUUUCUUGGUAGUCACAUUUUGGUUGGACCAUGUGUAAAAUUCACGAAUAAAGUGCUCUUAAAAGGACAGUGAGCGAUACAAAGUGCUUAGCAUUGAACUUGGACACAAAUGUAUUUCUGAAUGGAAGAGCAUGUCUAGAUGUGGGAACUUGUUGCCGAAGGCUAGAGAUGAAACAUCAUGCCCAUAGAUUCACCUUCUGGAGAAGUAGGGCAUCAAUUACCAUCUAAAUGAUCAAUGGGCUCUGAGGAUUUUCUGGACUGUAAUGCAAUACUAAUCUUCAUUUUGUAGGUUGCUAUUGAUUAAGUUGUUACAGUAUCUUCAGUUACAUAUUAACGAGACAGUCUAAUCCGAUGAACUACAUUUUUGCUCGAUGCUCAGUAAUGUUAAAUCAGUGUCAUGAGAAUUACAGCAGAAAUCAUUUAAUUAUUUGAAAAAGUAUGAUAAGAUUUAAACUAUUGGGUUCAUAGAAAUAACAAAAUGACAUGCUUGAAUAGACCCUUAACUAUUUCCCCUUAAGCUAUUCCGUUGCAUGUAAGCUCAUGUGUGUUCACAUUAAACUGCCCGCACAACAGCUCUAACGCAAACCAUUGGAUGGUUGACCCUCCAACCCCCUCCACUUCACUCCACUACAUGCCCUGACAAGAUGAUGGGCUGGUACCCUGGGGCUCUGGGACACAGACAACAAAAUGGCUCCCAUGUCCAGUAUCUCUGUCUAACAUGUCUUUAUGUGCCCUGUGUAUGCCAGGCAUUACCACAGUGCUGACCAUGACCACACUCAGCAUCAGCGCCCGCCACUCUUUGCCCAAAGUCUCCUAUGCCACGGCCAUGGACUGGUUCAUCGCCGUGUGUUUCGCCUUCGUCUUCUCAGCCCUCAUCGAGUUUGCCGCAGUCAACUACUUCUCCACGCUGCAGGCCAACCAGGAGCUCCGCAAGGCGGCCGCCAUAAAGGCAGCCCAGGAGGCAGCAGAGGCUGGGAGGAGCGACGGGGAGUUCUCUUCGGUAAUCCACCUCCUCCAUCCUCCCUCUCUCCUUGUUUUACACUCCUCCCCCUUCCCUUUCCUCUCAUCUCUGUGUAUCUCUCACCCCACCCCACUCCUAAUCUGUGACAACAAGAAGAUUUGGUGAGAAGAGACAGCCAGUGGUUUCGUGAACACAGAUUAUGUGAAAGGAAUAGAUGAAGGUAAUAUCCAGGCAGAUCAUUACAGGCUCACAAGAAGCGUUGUAGAGGGGAAAGGCAAGCCCAAUGCUUUGUGCUUCUGUGGGAUAGAGACUAUUUGGCUGCACCAAAUACAUGAACUAAAGAGUCAAACAUGGCGAGUUCUAUCUCUCCAUCUGCACCAUUUUGAAUUACUAUCUCUUUAAAAAGCAGACACAUCUUAAUGACCUGGAUAAGAUGUUGUUAACUGGUUAUGACUGGUUGACUGGUUGUUUACUGGAUAAGAUUUUGUUGACUGGUUAUGACUGGUUGACUGGUUGAUGACUGGAUAAGAUUUUGUUGACUGGUUAUGACUGGUUGACUGGUUGUUGACUGGAUAAGAUGUUGUUAACUGGUUGACUGGUGGUUAACUGGUUGGCUGGUUGUUGACUGGUUAAUAUGUUGUUGACUGGAUAAGAUGUUGUUGACUGGAUGAGAUGUUGUUGACUGGCUGUUGACUGGACAAGAUAUUGUUGACUGGUUGACUGGUUGUUGACUAUGUUGUUGAGUGGUUGUCUGGUUGCUGACUGGAUAAGAUGUAAUUGACUGGUUGACUGGUUGUUGACUGGAUAAAAUGUUGUUAACUGAGUCUAUCAGCUCUUCCUUGCUCAAUACUAAGGACUGUUUAUAUUAUACACUGAUGUCAGCAUGCUAAGAUUCCAUUGUUCAAAUUGGAUUAAAGAGAGGACACUUUUGAUGAAUCCCACACAAGCCAAAUUGAUAGGAUAAACCAUGUAUUACAACAAUGUCACACCAUUAAUCCUGCAUGUUCAAUCUCAACAAAACAAAACAAUGUCACGCGGUAUUGACAUUUUAUGAGUUAUCCCAUCCAUCUCUAGAGAUAUUAUGGCAGUAUGCAAAAACAAUUUAUUACACACUGUAUACGAAUCUGCUCUGAUUCUGAGAGUCAGCAGAGAAUUUGAGCCUGCUGUCGUUUCAGAAAUAGCUGCAGUAUUAAAGCCACAAGCUCCCUGCGUGAUUUCUCACCUCCGUCAGACAUGCACAGCAUUCAGCAGCUGACAUUUGCAGCUCCAACCUGCUCUGUGAUGGAAGCCAGUCAAAUUAUGGCCCCAGCUCCACCCCACUCCACCCCUCCCUCUGUCCCAGCUUCCAACACCACCCCUCCCACCCCUCCCUCUGUUUCUGCUCCCCACACCACCCCUCCCUCUGUCCCUGAUCCCCACACCACCCCUCCCACCCCUCCCUCUGUCCCUGCUCCCCACACCACCCCUCCCUCUGUUUCUGCUCCCCACACCACCCCUCCCACCCCUCCCUCUGUUUCUGCUCCCCACACCACCCCUCCCUCUGUUUCUGCUCCCACACCACCCCUCUCACCCCUCCCUCUGUUUCUGCUCCCCCACACCACCCCUCCCUCUGUCCCUGCUCCCCACACCACCCCUCCCACCCCUCCCUCUGUUCCUGCUCCCCACACCACCCCUCCCUGUGUCCCCUUUUACCUUUAUUCACCUGGUCAGUCUGUCAUGGAAAGAGCAGGUGUUCCUAAUGUUUUGUACACUCAAUGUAUAAUGUUGUAUUGAUUAAUUAAUCAAUGACUAUCUUUUAUUAUUUUGUGCAUAUGACAUAUGGCUCUGUGUUGUUAUGGGAAAUGGAAUUAAUUAAAACUGCGUUUUGCCAAAAUAAAACCUACUUGAUUUCCUAUUUUAUUCAUCUUAAUUGCCAAUGACUUACUGACAUUCUGGUCAUAGAUUUACUAUAGAUUAUCUCACUCACCCCCUCCACUGAUAUUUGGGCUCCCGAGUGGCGCAGCGGUCUAAGUCACUGCAUCUCAGUGCUUGAGGCGUCACUACAGACUCCCUGGUUCGAUUCUAGGCUGUAUCACAACCGGCCGUGAUUGGGAGUCCCAUAGGGCGGCGCACAAUUGGCCCAGUGUCGUCCGGGUUUGGCCGGUGUAGGCCGUCAUUGUAAAUAAGAAUUUGUUCUUAACUGACUUGCCUAGUUAAAUAAAGGUAAAAAAAUGGUGUUUGUGUACAAUACAGGACGCCAGCAGUAUGCUGAAGAAGAGGAUGAACUCCACGCCUCACUUUGAGAGACCAGCAGAGGUGUUCCCUAACCCUCCAGUGAAUGCCCAGGCCUUCCUUCAGCAAGGCUCAGCCAUGCCGUCCAACAACCUACUGACAGGCACCAGCAUCAUAGACAAGUACUCGCGCAUCCUCUUCCCUCUGUCGUUCGGGGCCUUCAACCUGGUGUACUGGAUCGUUUAUCUCACCAAGGACACCAUGGAGAUGACAAGGUAAAGCAUGGCGCUUGCAACACCAGGGUUGUGGGUUUGAUUCCCACAAGGGACCAGUAUAGAAAGUAUGAAAUGUAUGAACUCAAUACUGAUAAUGACUAAAAUGUACAUGUAUAGGUGAUACAUUUUCUAGUGGCUUGCUACAAAUGAAAGGGGAAAUACAUUGUGAAGCAAUUUCAUGGGCAGUUUCAGGCCAGUUUGAUGCAAAAAGUAGGAUCCAUAAUAGCUGGAUGAUCUGUAGGUAAUCAUAUGACCUCUUCUGUAGGCUACUCCACUCAUUGUGGACAUGUAUACUCCACGUAUGAAAAUCUCAGUUUUAUAUCAUAUACUUUUAGUGGACAUUGUUAAAUUGUCCUAUAAAAUCUAGAAGUCAGGAAGACGGGGCCACGUGUUGAAAAGACUGAACCCCAGUAUAAUGAAAGAGGGUACAGCGCUGCGGUGAUAAUGUCCUCUCGGUUUGACGCAUCUUUCAUCGUAACGCACUAUGAGCAAGUGCUUCAAAUGACCACAUAGCGCUGUGUGUGACCUACUUAAAUUAUGAUGCCCGAGAAGCUGGUGUUUGGAGGAUAUAUUGGCACGGGGGUUGUUAACUGUGGCAAUAUAUCCUCCAAACACCGGUUUCGAGGGCAUUAUCACUUUUAUACAACCGUUUACCAACAUAUUUAAAUAAUGAUUGUCAUAUUUUCAUUAAAAACGUUAUUUUGAUUAAUUUAUUCAUAGUAUUUAAUCCUUCCACAAGAUAUAGUCCCGACACAAAUCUAGGGUUGCUACCCAAGCCUGCUGGUUGUUCGUUCUAUCGGUUCGGUUGCCAGAGACGUGAACCAGUCGUUCAGUCUUUUUGUUCUGUAUCUAUGGACGCGACCCAGUCGUUCAGUCUUUUUGUUCUGUAUCUAUGGACGCGACCCAGUCGUUCAGUCUUUUUGUUCUGUAUCUAUGGACGAGACCCAGUCGUUCAGUCUUUUUGUUCUGUAUCUAUGGACGAGACCCAGUCGUUCAGUCUUUUUGCUCUGUAUCUAUGGACGCGACCCAGUUGUUCAGUCUUUUUGUUCUGUAUCUCACCCUCAUAGACGUUCAAUGGCCGAUGGGAGAUCAUGAAUUAUGGAAGAGUGACAGGUUCAGAUCUAAUUGAUAUCUGCGGUUUCUCACAGCCGUUACUCAUGCACCCAGGCACUCCCACUUCUUAUAUGGUACCUGAAGCUUUUCAGCCACAACACUGUAAACAUUCUGUAUGGAGUGAUAUUAGCAUUGCAUAGAAUCCAGCUUCCUCAUGGCUUCUGAGAAUGGUUUGUCAAUCACAGAUUCCCAUGUCAGAGAUUGCUUUCCUACUAGAGUAGAAAGCAUUUAGACGCCUUCCGCUCAUCUCCCUUUUCACCUAACAGCAUCUGAUUGAUCAUUGAAUGCUACACACCACAGGCUGCCAAGGUAGAGGGCUGCUUUAAAGACACAACAGUUGCCUCAUGUCAAGGCAAAUGGAUUGAAAUGAAUGCGCUUUUGCAUUUAUGAAUACUGGGAAUACUGUACACUCUGGUUGAGGAAAUCAGAAUGGAGUGUGUGUGUUGAAUAAAUAUGUGUUAUGCACACACACACACACACACACACACAUCUUUUUUAUUCCUAAUGCAUCAAAUAUGGGAUUUAGAACACGAGUGGCUCGACACCAGCGAUUUACCUGGAUCUUCUUUUUCUUUACUGAUAGCCUACCAGGUUUGUAUGUGUGUUUUCUCACUGAAUAUAAAUGUAAGGUGCCUCAGGCCGAUUACAUGACAGUGAUGAGAGCUGUCAAGCUCUGACUACACUCUUAGAAAAAAAGGGUUACAAAAGCGUUCUUCGACUGUCCCCAUAGCAGAACCCUUUUUGGUUCCCAAUAUGGUUCUACCUGCAACCAAAAAGGGUUCUUCAAAGGGUUAUCCUAUGAGGACAGGCAAAGAACCCUUUAAGGUUCUAGAUAUCACCUGUAGGGUUUGUUGCUGUAAUGAAUACUCAGGGAGAAAAAGGUGUAGAUUCACGCGCAGAGCGCGGCAGGUGCGUAUUUCGCCUUCACAGAAGGCAGGAAUCGUGGUCACAGGCAGGCAAUGGUCAUACACAGGUAGGAGAAUCAAAAACUAGGACUGAAGGCUAUAACUGGCUCUCACAAACGCGCUAGGAAAAGGCUUAGUAGAGUCAAAACGAACAAUACCUCACAAGGCACAAACAGAAUGAACUGAACUAAAUAAGGAGCUGAUGACACCAGGUGACUAACAAACACAGGUGAGAUCAAUGAACAAAAAUGAAAGACAGGACUACGUUCAAGGACACAAAGAAACAGGGCUACGUACAAGAACACAAGGUUGACUAAGAAAAUAAAUACAGAACCUUACAGUUGCUGACUGUUGCUAUUCAUUGAUAUGGACUGUAAGUGACCAAGCAGUUAGCUACAUACGCAGCGGGCAGCGUAGUGAAAGCCGAGGCGCUCAAAAUCACUGCGAUCAAAAAUAGAACAACAACCAGUGGAGAAGCCAUUGAAGUCAGGCUCUCAGGAUGUGUGGAUAGUAUGUGUGGUUGAUUCCCCAAGUGCAAGCCACUGUAAGCUUUCAACUUCCUUGUUUAUACAACCGCAUUACACAGUAUCGUUUUCCACGUGCUACCACCCACCAACCUGACCUCUGGUACUGGGCGCUGUACAUUCAUCCUAGCCCACAUUUCUUUUGCAUCUCUUGAAAGCCACCUUUUUCAUUUAUGGGAAAUAAAUAUAUUUUUCUGACGAGGCCAGCCUCCGAAUUGAAUGCAGAUAUCACAUUAUCAGUGCAUUCCUCUCUUGUAGCCUCACUUUUGUUAGACAAUCCCUCUGAAAAGGAGCAGGGAGAAAGGCUCUUCAGAGGAGCAGAGCCACAGGACAAAUUGGUAUAAAUAAAUAGGAUUGGGUCUUGCUAUGUGUGUCACAGGGAAUCCAUAGUGGGUACUACCUGCCUUGUGGUGGCUUUUUAGUGAAUAGGGCCCUUCAGGCCAGACAUUAAGGAAACACAUUUGCUGGAAAGGGCUUCUGUGAGCCCAAUUCUCACAGCUCCUGUCUGUGGAAGCUGAAGCUACCUGAUAAGCUCUCCUCUUUAUUGCCCACUGGAGUACCAGACUUGAAAAACAGUCUCUCAUAAAUCAAAACACUAAAUGUCAUUUUUAACUCAAUUUCAUAGGCCGUUGCCAUAACUUUGGUGUGAUGAUCAUUCAAUCACUGCAUCAAAGGCAGAGAAUAUAGGGGGCCAGUAAAACUGUCAUCCUAAUUUUUUAUAUUUCUCUUUAUAGUCUCAGGGGAAAAUAUUCACCCUAUACGUAUGUGUUUGUGUGUGGUGUGUGCAUGCGUACGCAUGUGUGUGUAUGUGUGUGUAUUCAGACAUGUAAACAUGUACAGAUCCAUGUACAGGGGGUAGUCCACACAGAUCAAUAGAGGUGUGUUUAUGAUUACAUUUAAGACAUCACACCAGCGUCCAAGCACACUACCAUAGGAAACUGGAAAACAGAUAUUCCUGAUGACAAUAAAUCCAGUACUACACUGUUGAGGAAGGCUGUGCUCACAAUAAUCCCCUGGUUUGACACAUAGACGGAGGAGGCGUAGGUGUGAAAUAGCUGGCAGAGUAUCCCAGGGAAGAAAUUAUAGAGGAGGACUAGUUUCGCAAUGUCUUUUUUGAAAGCACAUGAGCAAGGGAUUGAUUCAAAUAUACGCAGGGCCCUGCAUGCCAACCCUGGUAGAGGAAUCAAAUUAGAACCCCUUCAGUGUGCCAGUUCACACUGCUGGCUGGCUGGCUGGCUGGCUGGCUGCUGGGCCAUUUGUGUGUGUUAAUACAUACUCCAUCUUCCUCCUGCGUUAACAAGAUGAAAGCAGAGCUUUAUUUGUUUUCAAAAUGCGUCACAUGUAGCCCCCGCACAUUCCCAACCCCCUCAGUACACCCUCUACUACACACAGCAGUGUCUCUGUUCACUUGACGUGACUGUAGUUCUAACCUCUCCUUUCUGGGGUUUUCACCUUCUCUUCUUUACUUUAUUAUUUUUCUGUUACAGGGACAGCGUGUGAGCCCCCUGCUGGAGGAAGCCCCCUCACUGAUCACACACACGCACACGGAUACACACACACACACACAC